AUGGCAGGGUGUCUAUCACAACUGUAUUUUUUCUUGAUGUUUGGGAUGGUGGAGGCAUUCCUCUUGGCUGUCAUGGCCUAUGACCGCUACAUGGCCAUAUGCUACCCACUCCCUUACAUCAUGGUCAUGAGACCUGGCCUCUGUGUCCUCCUAGUGUCUGCAUCCUGGGUCAUGAACGCCUUCAUCACCCUCCUACACACACUCCUGAUGAGCAGACUGUCCUUCUGUGCAGACCAAGAGAUUACACACUUCUUCUGUGACAUCAACCCCCUUCUGAGUCUUUCCUGCACAGACCCCUUCAUCAAUGAACUGGUGAUCUUCACUGUAAGGGGUCUUAUGGGUCUGGUUUGUGUGCUUUGCCUGGUUAUCUCUUAUGCAUACAUUUUCUCGACAAUGCUGAAGAUCCCCUCAGCUCAGGGGAAGUAGAAAGCCUUUUCCACUUGCAGCUCUCACCUCUCUGUGGUCUGUCUACACUUUGGGAGUUCCUUUUGUGUUUACUUCAGCCCCCUUUCUAACCACUUGGCACAGAAGGGUGCAGUUGCAUCAGUGCUUACACGGUGGUAA